AUGCAUACCUUAACCUGGUGUGUUACUAAAUCUAGUAAUGUUGAAGGAUUGUCAACUAUGGCGGACGUCGUACCGCCAGUGUCACUUGGUUCGUCAAAUGGAUCUCCUGACUCACCGAUAAUCAGUGGCGAAUCAGUGCCAAAAGAAGUUGCUCAACUUGCGGAGAAGUACCAGUUCCUAAUUAAAGAUGAACGAAGUAUUCAGAAAGAGAAGGCAACUAAUGGAAAGAAGCAGUCGGAUUAUUUAAAAAGAGAAGUUCGAGAUCUCAGCGACCAAAUUAGCGAUAUGCAAGACGACCUGCAGAUUCUCGAUGUGUAUGAUACGGGUGCCUUCGGUUGGUUGACUUUGUUAUCCUUUCGCUAUUUUAGUUAUUAG